AUGGGCUUCGGGUUUCAGCACCUCAUCAGCCGGCUGCACCUGGCCUGGGCCCGCUCUUCCACUGCGGCCAGAGAUGUCCCCAAGGGACACUUCGCGGUCUACGUUGGGGAGAGCAGGAGGCGGUUCGUGAUCCCGUUGACCUACCUGAAGCACGCUUCGUUCCAGACGCUACUGCGGAGGGUUGAGGAAGAGAUCGGCUACCAACACCCGACGGGCCGCCUCACGAUCCCCUGCUCGGAAGACGACUUUCUGUCUCUUUUGCGGCUUAUCUGA